AUGGAAAGACAUAACAGGACUGUGAUUGCUGAGUUCAUUUUUCUGAGGUUCACCUCCCAGCAGCAGCUCCAAGUUGUUCUCUUUAUUUUGUUCCUAACCAUUUACCUCUCAUCACUCAUGGGUAAUGUUCUUAUCGUUGUCAUUGUCUUGGUGGACUCCCGGCUGCAAACUCCCAUGUACUUCUUCAUCUGCAACCUCUCAGUAGUGGAGAUCUGGUACACCACUGUCACAGUGCCCAAGAUGUUGGCCAGUUUCCUGGUGGAAAAGAGCAUGAUCUCUGUAUCCAGCUGCAUAGUCCAGUAUUAUUUUUUCUUUGCCCUUGCUGCCAUUGAACUCUUUCUCCUGACAGUCAUGGCUUAUGACCGGUACUUAGCCAUCUGCAACCCUCUGCGUUACUCCACCAUCAUGAGUCCCAGAACCUGCCAGAACUUAGCUGUGGUAUGCUGGCUCAUGGGGUUCACCUGCCCAACGUUUCCAUCCAUCAUGCUGGCUAAGCUUUCCUUCUGCACCCCAAACAGGAUUAACCAUUUCUUCUGUGAUGCUGAUCAGCUCUUUAGACUCUCAUGCUCUGAAACUUAUGCCAUCCAGGGGGUGGGCUAUGCUGUCAGCACUGUUGUCAUUAUGUCUGCUGUCCUCUUCACCAUGACCUCCUAUGUCCAAAUCAUAGUCACCAUACUGAGGAUGUCAUCUGCUGCUGCCCGACAGAAAACAUUUUCCACCUGUGCUGCACACCUUUCUGUGGUCAGCAUUUAUUUUGGGACCCUCAUCUUUAUGUAUGUGCGCCCCGCGGUGAAGUAUGAAUCAAAUGCCAAUGUGGUGGUAUCUGUCUUCUACUCCGUUUUAACACCACUGCUGAAUCCAAUCAUAUACACACUGAGAAACAAGGAUGUGAAAGAGGCCCUGAAAAAAACUUUCUUGAGGGGUAAGGAAUAA